AGAAACUAGAACCACCAGAAGCAGUAUUUAAACCCUCCGGCGCUGCGGCAGAUUACUCACCUCGCAGGGCGCGGCACAGAAGGGAGUUGCAAGCCCCUGCGCAGCCAUGAGAGUCCUGAUCGUCUUCGUGUUCUGCGUCUGCCUCCUCUUGGUCCUCCAGGAGACUGCAGGUGGUCGUCAGGGCGACGACAGCGGGGGAGAGGCAAGAGAGAAUAAUCAAGAGAUAAGAAGAGACGGAAUCAGAAAGGGAAGGAAACCCAACAAAGGAAAUGCGAACGCGAUUCGGCGAAAAGACGAGGGAAAUGAAGGUCCCAAGAGGAAUCCUCCAAAGCGAGCAAAGGAAGAACCUAAAGAGGGAAAAGCACACAAUAAUGUGAAGCCGAAGGAACAGAACGAGAAAAUUAAAAACACCAAGAAUUCGCGGAAGAAAUCACAGAAAAGAAAUAAAAAACUAAGGAAAAACAAUGAUCCAAAACACAAAACGCACGAUAGUACCAAGAAGGACCCAACAAAGGAAAUAAGAAAAAGAAAGAAAGAACAAGAAAAAGAGAGAAGCGGAAAUGUUGGAAGGAAACCACGGAAGGAAGAAAAGAAAUCUCAAGGAAGAGGCAGCAAAGACAAACCGACCGUGAAUGGACGACCAAACACGAAUGUCAAAUUUGCAGAGAGAAAGAACGGAAAUGGCGAGGAAAGUGGCUCUAGAGCCAAGGACAAGAGUGACAAAAGGAAAUGCAGAAAAACACCCAGACGAUGCUCCAGAAAAGGAGGCGAGUGCGUCCCGGACGACUCCUGCUCCGUCGACCGGAUCGACGACGCCUGCAAAGGAGCCUCCUGUGUGUGCUGCCUAAACGGGUGCGCACCAAAGCGGAAAUGCGAUAACAUGCAGGGGAAAUGCAAAUCGAAAUGUGGUCGCAAAGAGAAAAAACUGAAAGGCGCUUGCGAAGGGGACGGCUGCGUGUGCUGCUACAAAAAAUGCAAGAAGAAGGAUAAAAAUUGUGAUGGUUUUUGUGUAAAGACCAAAAAGGAAUGCAAGGGCGGUAUAUUCACAGAAGGUGCCUGUAGUCGCGGGUGUUCUUGCUGUACACCCCAGUGCAAGCCGAAGCGCAAAUGCAAAGAUGGCUAUUGCGUUCUCAAGAAGAAGGACUGCACAGGCACCAUUUUGCCAAACGGCUGUAAAAAGAAGCCCAAGGGAAGGUGUUUCUGCUGCGUUCCAACCACGUCCACUACCACAACUACCACCGCCACUACCUCCACGACUGUAAAAACUACUACCACUACAGUAAAAGGAACUACCACUACACCAUCAGGAACUACCACUACACCAUCAGGAACUACCACUACACCAGCAGGAACUACCACUACACCAGCAGGAACUACCACUACACCAGCAGGAAAUACCACUACACCGGCAGGAAAUACCACAACACCGGCAGGAAAUACAACUACACCAGCAGGAAAUACAACUACACCAGCAGGAAAUACAACUACACCAGCAGGAAAUACCACAACACCGGCAGGAAAUACAACUACACCAGCAGGAAAUACAACUACACCAGCAGGAAAUACCACAACACCAGCAGGAAAUACAACUACACCGGCAGGAAAUACCACUACACCGGCAGGAAAUACCACUACACCAGCAGGAAAUACCACUACACCGGCAGGAAAUACAACUACACCGGCAGGAAAUACCACUACACCGGCAGGAAAUACAACUACACCGGCAGGAAAUACCACAACACCAGCAGGAAAUACAACUACACCGGCAGGAAAUACAACUACACCGGCAGGAAAUACCACAACACCGGCAGGAAAUACCACUACGCCAGCAGGAAAUACCACUACACCGGCAGGAAAUACCACUACACCGGCAGGAAAUACCACUACACCGGCAGGAAAUACCACUACACCAGCAGGAAAUACAACAAGCAACAGCAUCCUCCCUGCUUUGAAUGCACGAGUCGCAUCUCUUCUUGACCUCCAGAGAAGUAUUGUUAAUGUAUCAAAAGAGAUGCAGACGUCACUAGAUAUUGUUAACAAUAUCAGCACAACAGUCAAUACCAGGAGACAUCGGCGAAACGUCGGCAUCCUCACAGCCCUGACCUCGCUCCUGGUCCAAGUCGAAGAGGCCACAAACCGCAACGACUCAGCGAACCUGACGGCCCUCGCGCAGGGACCUCGUAGACAGGCUCUUACUUGGGUCUCCAGGACAAAAUCACGCAAGCAGGGCUCUCAGAGACCACCAUGGUUUUCGGCACAAACAGAUGUUAACAAACACGAAUAUUCACGGGCAGCUAUUAAAACUCAAGCUAACGCUGACUCCAGCAACCAUGACCACGUCCACAAUCUCUUCCACAAAUAUCACCGCCAACUCCACGACUACACCGGCAGGAAAUACAACUACACCGGCAGGAAAUACCACUACACCGGCAGGAAAUACAAACCAGCAGGAAAUACAACAAGCAACAGCAUCCUCCCUGCUUUGAAUGCACGAGUCGCAUCUCUUCUUGACCUCCAGAGAAGUAUUGUUAAUGUAUCAAAAGAGAUGCAGACGUCACUAGAUAUUGUUAACAAUAUCAGCACAACAGUCAAUACCAGGAGACAUCGGCGAAACGUCGGCAUCCUCACAGCCCUGACCUCGCUGCUGGUCCAAGUCGAAGAGGCCACAAACCGCAACGACUCAGCGAACCUGACGGCCCUCGCGCAGGCAAUAAAAAUCCAGAGAAGUGACCUGGAGACGCUCGCCGCUAAUGUCCGGACAAACUCCAGCCUUGCCACUGAAAUAAAGGGCAGCGUUGCGACUACAAUCCAGAAAUUCCAGACAACAACAGCUUUAUUAGGGGAGAAGGAUAACCAGAUAAAGAGCGAGGUUGAUAUUCUGCAACAACAGAUUUCGCAGCAGGGAGGAUCCACGGUCCUCGUCUCAACAGCCAACAUUCAGGUUGUGACAGCAGGAACCACCACUGUUGGAGGAACCACCACUGCCGGAGGAACCACUACUGUUGGAGGAACCACCACUGCGUUAGGAACCACUACUGUUGGAGGAACCACCACUGUUGGAGGAACCACCACUCCUGGAGGAACCACCACUGCUGGAGGAACCACCACUGCUGGAGGAACCACCACUGCUGGAGGAACCACCACUGCUGGAGGAACCACCACUCCUGGAGGAACCACCACUCCUGGAGGAACCACCACUGCUGGAGGAACCACCACUCCUGGAGGAACCACCACUGCUGGAGGAACCACCACUCCUGGAGGAACCACCAUUGCUGGAGGAACCACCACUCCUGGAGGAACCACCACUCCUGGAGGAACCACCACUCCUGGAGGAACCACCACUCCUGGAGGAACCACCACUGCUGGAGGAACCACCACUGCUGGAGGAACCACCACUGUCAAUGUCAAUGCUCUGACCGAAGAAGUCAAACAGUUAUCUGAAUUCCAGAGUGAACUUGUUGCUGUUGCAGAUGAGCUUGAUCAGGCAACGGCCAUUUUACAGGAAAUGCAAAACUCGAUCGGCCUCAGAAGACGGCGGCGCCAAGUGGGUGUCAUCGACGAGUUGCUUUUAGUUUUUGAUUUGGUUGAUGCAGCCGUCCAGGUAAGCAACACCACAGCUCUGAAAGAACUCCUGCAAAGACUUAAAGAGCUGAGGGUACAGUUGACGAAACUCUCCACCGACGUAAAGAAUAACGAUACGCUCGCUGCGGAAAUAAAAGGGAGCGUUGGGAAAGCUCUCGAGAAGUCCCAAACGACGAAAGCCGAGAUAGCGCAAAAGGACAAAGAGAUAAAAAAGAAGGUUGAUGAAAUUCAACAACAAAUAUCGCAAGUGGGAGGAUCGACCAUCCAAUUCACAGAAGCCAAUAUUACUUUUGUGACAACAGCUCCAUCAACUGGAGGCACAGCUACUUCUGGAGGCACUUCACCUGGAGGGGACACUUCCACGGGAGGCGUCAUUUCUACUACUGGAGGCACUUCACCUGGAGGAGACGCUUCCACUGGAGGAGACACUUCAACUGCAGGCGACACUUCCACUGGAGGAGACACUUCAACUGGAGGCACAGCUACUUCUGGAGGCACUUCACCUGGAGGGGACACUUCCACGGGAGGCGUCAUUUCUACUACUGGAGGCACUUCACCUGGAGGAGACGCUUCCACUGGAGGAGACACUUCAACUGCAGGCGACACUUCCACUGGAGGAGACAUUUCCACUGGAGGAGACACUUCAACUGCAGGCGACACUUCCACUGGAGGAGACACUUCCACUGGAGGAGACACUUCCACUGGAGGAGACACUUCAACUGCAGGCGACACUUCCACUGGAGGAGACACUUCCACUGGAGGUGACACUUCCACUGGAGGUGACACUUCCACUGGAGGUGACACUUCCACUGGAGGUGACACUUCAACUGGAGGUGACACUUCCACUGGGGGUGACACUUCCACUGGGGGUGACACUUCCACUGGGGGUGACACUUCAACUGGAGGUGACACUUCCACUGGAGGUGACACUUCCACUGGAGGUGACACUUCCACUGGAGGAGACACUUCAACUGGAGGUGACACUUCCACUGGAGGUGACACUUCCACUGGAGGUGACACUUCAACUGGAGGAGACACUUCAACUGGAGGAGACACUUCAACUGGAGGAGACACUUCAACUGGAGGUGACACUUCAACUGGAGGUGACACUUCCACUGGGGGUGACACUUCAACUGGAGGAGACACUUCAACUGGAGGAGACACUUCAACUGGAGGUGACACUUCUACUGGAGGUGACACUUCCACUGGAGGUGACACUUCAACUGGAGGUGACACUUCAACUGGAGGUGACACUUCAACUGGAGGAGACACUUCAACUGGAGGUGACACUUCAACUGGAGGAGACACUUCAACUGGAGGUGACACUUCCACUGGAGGAGACACUUCCACUGGAGGUGACACUUCAACUGGAGGAGACACUUCAACUGGAGGUGACACUUCAACUGGAGGUGACACUUCAACUGGAGGUGACACUUCAACUGGAGGUGACACUUCAACUGGAGGUGACACUUCCACUGGGGGUGACACUUCAACUGGAGGUGACACUUCCACUGGAGGUGACACUUCAACUGGAGGUGACACUUCCACUGGAGGUGACACUUCAACUGGAGGUGACACUUCCACUGGGGGUGACACUUCAACUGGAGGUGACACUUCCACUGGAGGUGACACUUCCACUGGAGGAGACACUUCCACUGGAGGAGAUACUUCUACUGGAGGUGACACUUCAACUGGAGGUGACACUUCCACUGGGGGUGACACUUCAACUGGAGGAGACACUUCUACUGGAGGUGACACUUCCACUGGAGGAGACACUUCAACUGGAGGAGACACUUCUACUGGAGGUGACACUUCAACUGGAGGUGACACUUCCACUGGAGGAGACACUUCCACUGGAGGAGACACUUCCACUGGGGGUGACACUUCCACUGCAGGCGACACUUCGACUUGAUAGAUCACAUGAUAUUUGCACUUCCAAAGUUUUCAUGAAUGCACUGUACUCUCUUUGAUCUAUUGAUUUUUCUUCCUUAUGGAAUAUGUCCGUAUAAUGAUAUGUCGAAACAAGCACACGUUCAUGAUGUAAAUGAGUUGCAGGGUUCACAGCAAAAACGGCCCAACAUUUUAGGGCACAUCCUUCAUGAAAUAUUAGGAAUACAGCAUUAGUUUUGUAGUGAUACAUCCUGACCAUGAAGACACAUUUCUAGCUAAAAUGAACCGGAAGACGACAACGAAAUAGAUUUUGUUCAUAUUCAUUUUUUUUCUCACAUGAGGGAUUUCAUUAAUAUAUUUCAUAUACCCUCAAAGCAUAGAUACUACACUGUUGAACUAUUUUAAAUUAUAAAUAGUAAAUUAGGAGAGUAAUCCAUUCACAUUGCUAUACGCCACAAGAUGCCAUAACAAGCGAUACACAUUAAAUGGGCUCUGGUUUAUAUAUUUGAGUGUCGUUUCUUCUUCAUUUGAUGUGUUUCACACAUAGUGAUAUAUCACAGUGCACAAUAUUCAAAAUCUGAAAUUAAAAAAUUCAGUGAAAAACAUACAAUAAAGAAUUGCAAACGAAAGUAA